GGUGAAAUCUCCCAUAAAGUAAACCAUGUUGUGUGGGUUGGCUUGCCAAUGAAGGAUGAGUUCCUAAUAUACACAGCGAAAACGAAUAACCACAGGUAAGGUAAGGCGCAGAAAAGCAGCAGUAGAAGCAGUGCACAAUAAGAAUGUUUAUACGGGGAGAAAAGGAGGGAAUAUGAAAGAGGGAGAUGCAAAGCCACAACUUGGGGAGCUAUAACUAUAAUCAUGCAAGGACUCCACCACCAACAACAGCAGCUAGUCGCUUUGCUCACCGUCGCUCGAGGCGGCGGCGGCGGCGAUUCUACAUCGUCUUCCUCCACCGCCUCCGCCUCCGCCGAAGGAGACGAGUCCUCUCGCCUCGCCGCCAUCAACUCUCUCCACCGCGCCAUUCUUUACCCUCCGAACUCACUUCUCGUCACUCACUCCGCUUCUUUCCUCUCCCAGGGCUUCUCUCAACUUCUCUCCGACAAAUCAUACUCAGUGUGUCAGGCAGCAGCUACAGCAUAUGGGGCUUUGUGUUCUGUGCUGUGUUCAAUACUUAUAUCAUCAAAUGGAAGGCAAAACAAUGUGAUAUUGGGCAGUUUGGUUGACCGGUUCAUUAGUUGGGCACUGCCGUUGCUUACAAAUGUCGGUACUGGAGAUGGGAAAACAGAAUUGGCACUGGAAGCUUUCCGUGAGUUUCUUAAUGUAGGAGAUGUUGGUGCAAUUGAAAGAUAUGCGUUGCCAAUUCUUAAAGCCUGUCAAGAACUUCUUGAGGAUGAGAGAACCUCCUUGAGUUUACUGCACCAGCUUUUGGGUGUUUUAACUCUGAUAUCCUUGAAAUUUUUUAGAUGCUUUCAACCCCAUUUUGUUGACAUUGUCGAUCUGCUUCUUGGGUGGGCAAUGGUACCUGACCUUGCUGAGUCUGAUAGACGUGUUAUUAUGGAUAGCUUCUUGCAGUUUCAGAAACAUUGGGUGAAUAGUCUGCAGUUCUCUUUGGGAUUGUUGUCAAAGUUCUUGGGUGACAUGGAUGUUUUGCUCCAGGAUGGAAGUCUUGGCACCCCACAACAAUUUCAGAGAUUGCUUGCUUUGCUGUCGUGUUUUUGUACAGUUUUGCAGUCGACAGCUUCUGGUUUGCUAGAGAUGCAUUUACUUGAACAAAUAAUUGAACCUCUUAGCAAAAUGAUUCCUUUGUUGUUGGGAUGCUUAUCCAUGGUUGGGAGGAAAUUUGGGUGGACAAGAUGGAUUGUGGAUUCCUGGAGGUGCCUGACUCUUUUGGCAGAAAUUCUAAGCGAGAGGUUUUCAACCUUUUACCCCCUUGCAGUUGAUGUCUUGUUCCAAAGCUUAGCAAUGGAUAAUCUCAAUCAACACGCAGGGGCUGGGAGGAUUACAUCUUUUCAGGUUCAUGGGGUUCUUAAAACUAACCUUCAAUUAUUAUCUCUGCAAAAACUUGGCCUGCUCCCAUCAUCUGUACAUAAGAUAUUGCAAUUUGAUUUGCCUAUAUCUCAACUGCGUUUGCAUCCAAACCACCUAGUCACAGGAAGUUCUGCUGCUACUUAUAUUUUCUUACUCCAACAUGGGAAGAACGAAGUUGUUGAACAAGCAGUGACUUCCUUGGUUGAAGAACUGGAGUUGUUGAAGGGCAUGCUCGAACAAACCUCAUGCAACAGAGACAAGGUCAAUAGUGCGAUUGGUCUUAAAAUUUAUUCUAAGCCUGAGUUGUUUGUGCUGAUUAAAUUUGAUUUGAAAGUUCUAUUAAGCUGUGCAUCUGUGGGUGGGGGUAACAGUUUGAUUGCCCGGGCAGAACUUGAUGCUUUGUGCCUUAAGAGGUCAGAAAGACUGGCCUCCUUUAUUGUUGAGAAAUUGAAUCCUUUUGACUUACCUAUUCAGGCUUUUGUGGAGUUGCAAGCUAAUGUUCUCAAGACAUUGGACCAGCUAACCAUGUUUGAAUUUUUAAAUAAGUGGUCCACGAGGAAGCAAAUUAGCUGGAAAGGUUCUUUGAAUACGGCAAGUGAAAAACUCCCAAAGGAUGACACUAUGAAUGAUGGAUUUCCAGUUUUGAUUUUUGAACAUUUGCAGAAGUACAGUUUUCUCCUUGUCAAAGCUCUUCACAUUUCAUCCCCUUUGGCGGUCAAAGUAGAAGCCUUACAAUGGAUCUAUAAAUUCUGCGAGGGUGUCAUUGAUAUAUAUGAGAGCAUGAAUGCAGCAAAUGAUCCUUGUGAUGAAUUUGGAUUUGUUGGUGUUGUUGGGAAUUUGGUUUUCUCAGUAUUGGAUGCUGCAUCUGAUAGAGACCCAAAGGUGAGAUCUCAUGUUGCAUCAGUUUUAGAGCAGCUUCUGCAGGCAAAACUUAUAAAUCCUACGCACUUCUACGCCAUUAGUGAAGUCGUCCUCGAAAAACUUGGUGAUCCAGAUGGUGAUAUAAAAAAUGCAUUUGUAAGGAUGCUUUCCCAUGUGUUGCCCAUUACUAUUUACACAUGUGGUCUAUAUGACUGUGGAACAGCUAACACUUACAGGCCUAGUAUUCUUAGGUUAGGUAAUAGUUGUAACUUACACUGGAGUCAAGUAUUUGCUCUCAAGCAACUCCCUCAGCAACUUCAUUCACAACAGCUUGUUUCCAUCUUGAGUUUCAUUUCACAAAGAUGGAAAGUGCCUCUUUCUUCUUGGAUCCAACGGCUUAUUCAUACCUGCCGGAGUUCAAAGGGCUUGUCUUUGACUCAACUAGAGGAAACAGGAAACAGCAUUGUGAAUGAUGUAGGGUUGGACAUUAAAGUAGGGGAAGAUAUCCUUGAAAGAAUUUGUUCAGUAAAUAUCCUUGCUGGUGCAUGGUGGGCUAUACAUGAAGCGGCAAGAUACUGUAUUACUACACGCCUUCGUACCAACCUUGGUGGGCCCACCCAAACUUUUGCAGCAUUGGAGCGCAUGCUUUUGGACAUUGCACAUGUACUACAGCUUGAUACUGAACAAAGUGAUGGAAACUUAAAUAUUAUAGGUUCUUCUUAUGCUCACUUGUUACCAAUGAGGUUAUUAUUGGAUUUUGUUGAGGCCCUGAAGAAAAAUGUAUAUAAUGCAUACGAAGGAUCUGCUGUUUUACCAUGUACUUCACGGCAGAGCUCCUUGUUCUUUCGUGCCAAUAGAAAAGUCUGUGAGGAGUGGUUUUCUCGCAUAUGUGAGCCAAUGAUGAAUGCUGGAUUGGCACUGCAAUGUCAUCAUGCUACAAUCCAUUACUGUACUUUGCGUUUGCAGGAGCUUAGAAAUCUUGUGGUUUCAGCUUUGAAUGACAAGCCUAGGGCUCAGGUGGCUGACAAUCUCCAUAAUAUCAAGGGCAGAUUUUCUGAAGAUAUCUUGAGGGUUCUACGACACAUGGCAUUGGCUUUGUGUAAAAGUCAUGAAUCGGAGGCUUUGAUUGGCCUACAAAAAUGGGUUACUCUGACAUUUUCUUCCUUGCUUACAGAUGAGAACCAUAGUUUGAGUAAUGGUGAGAACCUGGGACCUUUUUCGUGGAUCACUGGACUUGUUUAUCAGGCAGAAGGCCAGUAUGAAAAGUCUGCUGCUCACUUUACUCAUUUGUUACAACUGGAGGAGUCUCUCAGUUCUAUGGGUUCUGAUGGUGUGCAGUUUGCUAUUGCUCGCAUCAUUGAGAGUUAUGCUGCAGUUUCUGAUUGGAAGUCGUUAGAGUCUUGGCUAUUGGAGCUGCAAACACUUCGUGCUAAGCAUGCUGGGAAGAGUUACUCUGGUGCACUAACUACAACUGGAAAUGAAAUAAAUGCAAUUCAUGCUUUGGCCCGCUUUGAUGAGGGUGAUUUUCAGGCAGCAUGGUCAUGCCUGGAUUUGACACCUAAAAGUAGCAGUGAACUCACACUUGAUCCUAAAUUGGCCUUGCAAAGGAGUGAGCAGAUGCUUUUGCAGGCAAUGCUUCUUCAAAUAGAGGGGAAGGUAGAGAAGGUAUCACAUGAAAUACAUAAGUCAAAGUCAAUGCUGGAGGAAGCAUUAUCUGUUUUGCCACUUGAUGGGUUGGCGGAGGCUGCAGCAUAUGCCACCCAGUUGCACUGCAUCUCUGCAUUUGAAGAAAGUUGCAAGCUUACAGGCAACCAAGACAAACAACUUCAGUCAUUAUUGAGUUCAUAUACCCAAGUACUGCAUUCUCCAAUCAACCCAGUUCAUCAAGAUUGUAACAUGUGGUUGAAAGUUCACCGGCUUUAUCGAACAAUCCUUCCAACUUCACUGGUGACUCUAAAGCUCUCUAAGAAUUUAUUAAGUUUAGCCCGUAAGCAAAAAAACCUAGUGUUGGCCAACCGUCUUAAUAAUUAUGUCAGGGAUCAUGCACUAUCUUGCUCUGAAGGGAGGUACCGUGAUUUCCUAAUGACAAAUUUGCACUAUGAGGGCAUCCUUUUGAUGCAUGCUGAAAACAGGCUUGAAGAUGCUUUCACAAAUCUUUGGUCAUUUUUGCGUCCUUGUAUGGUUUCUUCAUCUGUAGUUUCUGAUGCUGAUGUCAAUGUUUUGACUGCGAAGGCAUGCCUGAAACUUUCAGAUUGGUUGAGAAGGGAUUAUUCUGAUAUGCAUUUGGAGAAUGUUGUCCUCAAGAUGCUGGCGGAUUUCAGCAUAACUGAUAUUUCUUCUCUUGGCAAAAGGGCAAGUGGUUUCAGUGAUGAUAACUUAAGCUCUAAACUAAAUGUGGGUGUUAUUGUUGAGGAACUUGUGGGUACAGCUACAAAGUUGUCCUCUCGUCUCUGCCCCUCCUUGGGCAAGUCAUGGAUUUCUUAUGGCUCGUGGUGUUAUAAUCAAGCCAAAGCUUCUCUCUCUGUACCCAAUGAGACUGUCCUUUAUUCGUGCUCUUUUUCUUCCAUUCUCGCUCCAGAAGUUCUACCUGAUAGAUUUAAAUUAACUGAAGAAGAGCUAUUAAAAGUUAAACAUAUUGUUUUGCAGCUUCUUCAGAAAAGGAGUAAUUCAGAAGAUUUGAAUGAGGAAGGGGAAGAGGAUAACUUUCAGCUUGAUUCUUCUGAAAAUUUGGGCAACGACAACUAUGCAAAGGUUUUGGUGCAGCAAGCAGUGAAUAUAAUUGAAUCUGCAGCUGGAGUGCUGGGUGCAGAAAGUUCUAGUGGCGACUGCCUUUCUGCAAUGCUGACUUCUCAGUUACAGAAAUGCUUUCUAUGUGCAAAUGUUGGCAUUGAAGAAUCUGCAGUAUUGUCCUCAGUUGAUGAUCUAGUUGAUGUUUGGGGGUCUUUGAGGAGGAGAAGGGUUUCUCUAUUCGGGCAUGCAGCUCAAGCUUUCGUGCAUUACCUUUCAUAUUCGUCUUCCAAACAUUCUGAUGGGCAGUUAGCUGCCUCUUUUUGCAAAGCUUUAAAUCAAAAGACUGUCAGUUACACCCUGAGGGCUACAUUAUAUGUCUUAAACAUUCUUCUCAACUACGGAGUGGAGUUGAAAGAGACCCUUGAACCUGCUCUUUCUACAGCUCCGUUGUUGCCAUGGCAGGAAAUUACACCCCAACUCUUUGCUCGGUUAAGUUCUCAUCCUGAACAAGUGGUUCGAAAACUGUUGGAGGGCUUACUAGUGAUGCUUGCGAAGCUAUCUCCUUGGUCUAUUGUGUACCCAACCCUUGUUGAUGUAAAUGCUUGUGAACAGGAACCUUCAGAGGAGCUUCAGCAUAUACAAGCUUGUUUGAGUAAGCUUUACCCAAGACUGAUUCAGGACGUCCAGCUUGUGAUGAAAGAGCUGGAAAAUGUGACUGUUCUCUGGGAGGAACUAUGGCUCAGCACGCUACAAGAUCUUCAUGCAGAUGUGAUGAGACGUAUAAACUUGCUGAAAGAGGAUGCUGCACGUAUUGCAGAGAAUGUUACUCUUAGUCACAGUGAGAAGAACAAAAUAAAUGCUGCAAAAUACUCAGCCAUGAUGGCUCCCAUUGUUGUAGCCUUAGAGCGUUUAGCUUCUACUUCUCGGAAACCUGAGGCGCCUCAUGAGAUAUGGUUCAAUGAGGAGUAUACGGAACAACUUAAAUCAGCCAUCUUAAACUUCAAGACUCCUCCGGCAUCGGCUGCGGCACUAGGGGAUGUUUGGCGACCAUUUGAUAACAUUGCUGCAUCAUUGGCGUCUUAUCAGAGGAAGUCAUCUAUAUCUCUAGGAGAAGUUGCACCAAAUUUGACUCGGCUAUCAUCUUCUGAUGUUCCAAUGCCUGGUCUUGAGAAGCAAAUCACAAUAUCUGAAUCUGAUGGUGGCCUUACUACUCCCCAGGGAAUUGUCACAAUUGCUUCUUUCAUUGAACAAGUAACUAUCUUAUCAACCAAGACUAAACCCAAAAAACUUGUUAUACUGGGCUCAGAUGGUCAGAAAUACACGUAUCUUUUGAAAGGGCGAGAAGAUUUGCGUCUUGAUGCUAGAAUCAUGCAGUUAUUGCAAGCUAUAAAUGGCUUUUUGCAAUCAUCGCGUGCAACUUCUAGCCAGUCUCUUUCCAUUCGUUACUAUUCUGUAACCCCUAUAAGCGGUCGAGCUGGUCUUAUCCGGUGGGUGGAUAAUGUUAUAAAUAUAUAUAGUAUCUUCAAAUCAUGGCAGAAUCGUGCUCAGCUAGCACAACUGCAGGCGCUGGGUGCUGGUAGUACAAAAAAUUCAGUUCCCCCACCUGUUCCCCGGCCAAUUGAUAUGUUCUAUGGUAAAAUUAUUCCAGCCCUAAAAGAGAAAGGCAUAAGAAGAGUAAUAUCACGAAGAGACUGGCCUCAUGAAGUCAAGCGGAAAGUUCUUUUGGAUCUUAUGAAGGAGGCUCCUAAACAACUUCUUCAUCAAGAACUUUGGUGUGCUAGUGAAGGAUUCAAAGCCUUUAGCUUAAAAUUGAGGAGGUAUUGUGGUAGCGUAGCAGCAAUGAGCAUGGUUGGUCACAUUCUGGGCCUAGGGGACAGGCAUUUGGAUAAUAUUCUAAUAGAUUUUUCUAGCGGGGAUAUUUUGCAUAUUGAUUAUAAUGUGUGCUUUGAUAAAGGGCAAAGGCUAAAGAUUCCUGAAAUUGUGCCCUUCCGCCUGACCCAGACAAUUGAAGCAGCUUUGGGAUUGACUGGGAUUGAAGGUGCCUUUAGAGCAAACUGUGAAGCAGUUCUUGGUAUUCUGAGGAAGAACAAAGACAUAGUAUUGAUGUUGUUAGAGGUUUUUGUUUGGGAUCCACUUGUGGAAUGGACACGUGGAGAUUUCCAUGAUGAUGCAGCAAUCAUUGGUGAAGAAAGAAAGGGCAUGGAGCUGGCAGUUAGCUUGAGUCUAUUUGCAUCUCGUGUUCAAGAAAUUCGUGUUCCAUUGCAGGAACAUCAUGAUCUUUUACUCGGUACCUUGCCAGCUGUUGAAUCCGCAUUUGAGAGGUUCACGAGCAUCCUAAAUCAACAUGAGCUUGUUUCUGCUCUAUUUUAUCGUGCUGAUCAAGAGAGGUCCAACCUUGUACUACGUGAGACUUCUGCAAAAUCAAAUGUUGCUGAAGCAACUUGUAAUUCAGAAAAAGCCCGUGCCUCAUUUGAAGUACAGGCAAGGGAAUUCACUCAGGCGAAGGCUGUGGUAGUUGAGAAGGCCCAAGAGGCAACAACUUGGAUGGAAAAACAUGGAAGGAUUCUUGAUGCUUUACGAAGCAGUUCAAUUUCAGAAAUCAAAGCCUACUUACAGCUGACGGGUACAGAGGAAGCUUUGUCUCUCACAUCUGCUAUUCUCGUGGCUGGUGUUCCAUUGACUAUUGUUCCUGAGCCCACACAAGCUCAAUGCCGUGAUAUAGAUACAGAAGUUUCUCAGCUCAUAGCUGAACUGGAUCAUGGACUUUCUUCUGCAGUAACAGCAGUCCAAGAAUAUUCUUUGGCUUUGCAACGAAUCCUACCACUAAAUUACGUUACAACCAGCCCAAUGCAUAGUUGGGCACAAGUUCUGGAACUUUCAGUAAAUAGCAUUUCUUCUGAUAUUCUAUCACUUUCCAGAAGACAGGCUACUGAGCUGAUUGCAAAGGUACAGGGAGAUGGAUUUGAUUCUGGUAGUAGUUAUGAUGAUCUAUGUCUAAAAGUGGAGAAGUAUGCAGAAGAGAUACAGAAAGUUGAAAAAGAGUGUGCUGAACUGGUGAACUCAAUUGGUUCGGAGACUGAAUUGAGAGCUAAGGAUCGGCUUCUAUCUACUUUCAUGAAGUACAUGCAGUCUGCUGGUUUAGCAAGGAAAGAAGAUACCAUAUCUGCAAUUCAUGCAGGACCUUUGAAGCUUGAUGGAACAAAAGAUGCCAGAUUUCAAGGGGAGCUGGAAGACAAGAAGGAGAAGGUUCUAACUGUCUUAAACAUAGCCACAAGCUCUUUAUAUAGUGAGGUUAAGCGUAGAGUGCUCAACAUAUUGAACCAUUCUACUGGUGACCUUGAAGAGCAAAUAGAAAAAUGUGCACUUGUAGCUGGAUUUGUUAGUGAACUACAGCAAUUUAUUUGUGGAGAUUUACCUCAUAUCGGCACAGAUGAUGAUCGUUCAAAUCAUUUUUUUCAAAGGAAUUGGGCUUCCAUUUUCAAAACCAGUUUACUCUCCUGUAAGAACUUGGUUGGGCAAAUGAUUGAAGUUGUUCUACCUGAUGUGAUAAGAUCGGUAGUAUCAUUCAAUUCAGAAGUCAUGGAUGCAUUUGGUUCUCUCUCACAGAUCAGAGGAUCCAUUGAUACAGCACUGGAGCAGCUGGUUGAGGUUGAAUUAGAGAGGGCAUCUUUAGUAGAACUGGAACAGAACUACUUUGUAAAGGUUGGUCUUAUUACUGAGCAGCAGUUGGCUCUUGAAGAAGCUUCUGUGAAGGGUAGGGAUCAUCUUUCUUGGGAAGAGGCUGAAGAGCUUGCCUCUCAAGAAGAAGCUUGCAGAGCUCAGCUGGACAAACUCCAUCAAGCAUGGAACCAGAAGGACAUCCGAACUUCUUCUCUGAUGAAGAGAGAAGCUAGUAUUAGAAAUGCUCUAUUUUCUUCUGAAAGCCAUUUUCAAUCUAUAAUUAGUUCUGAAAAGGACAGUGAGCCACACAUUGCAAGGAGCAAAGCUCUUUUGGCAGCACUAGUCCAGCCCUUCUCUGAGCUGGAAUCAAUUGAUAAAGCAUUGGCUUCACUUGGCGGACUUGGCACUUCUUGCUCUAGUGGAACUUCUCGUCUUGCAGAUUUGAUGAGUACCGGUUGCUCGUUAUCUGAAUACAUCUGGAAGUUUCCGAACUUAAUGAACAACCAUACUUUCUUUAUUUGGAAGGUAGGUGUUGUGGAUUCUUUUCUUGAUUCAUGCAUACAUGAUACUGCUUCAUGUGUAGAUCAAAAUUUAGGAUUUGACCAGCUUUUCCAUGUCGUGAAGAAAAAGCUUGAAAUCCAAUUUCAUGAACAUAUAGGCCAAUACCUGAAAGAGCGAGUUGGUCCUAUUCUGUUGGCUGGAUUAGACAAAGAAAAUGAACUUUUGAAGCAACCGAUGGAAACAACAAAGGAACUUGCUUUUGAUCAAGUCAAGAAAGAUUUUGGGGCUGUAAGAAGAGUACAACUUAUGCUUGAGGAAUACUGUAACGCAAAUGAAACUGUCAGAGCAGCAAGGUCUGCAGCUUCUCUCAUGAAAAGGCAAGUGACUGAACUUAAAGAGGCUCUUCGCAAGACCAGCCUAGAGAUUGUUCAGAUGCAAUGGAUUCAUGACAUUAGCCUGAACCCCUUGCAUAAUGUUAGGCUCAUAUCUCAUAAAUACCUUGCAAGUGAGGACAAAUUAUUUCCAGUUAUUCUAAACCUUAGUAGACCUAAAUUGUUGGAAAGUAUACAAUCUUCUGUCUCAAAAAUAGCUAGGUCAUUGGAGUGCCUACAAGCCUGUGAAAGAACUUCUGUUGCAGCAGAAGGGCAGCUUGAGAGAGCCAUGGGUUGGGCCUGUGGUGGUCCAAACUCCGGUGUGAUGGGAAGUACCUCAGCAAGGAAUUCAGGAAUACCUCCUGAAUUCCAUAACCAUCUGAUGAGACGACAACAAUUGUUGUGGGACGCUCGAGAAAAGGCAUCAGAUAUCAUCAAAAUUUGCAUGUCAAUAUUGGAAUUUGAAGCAUCAAGAGAUGGCAUUUUUCGGACUUCCGGAGAUAUUUAUCCCUUUAGGACUGGUGCUGAUGGCAGGACAUGGCAGCAAGCUUACUUGAAUGCAUUAACAAGAUUGGAUGUCACUUAUCAUUCUUUCACACGUGCCGAGCAAGAGUGGAACCUUGCACAGAGCAACAUGGAAGCUGCUUCCAAUGGCUUAUUUUCCACAACUAAUGAACUCUGCAUUGCUUCUGUAAAAGCAAAGUCAGCAUCAGGUGAUUUACAAAGCACUCUUGUUGCAAUGAAAGAUUGUGCCUAUGAAGCCAGCGUGGCACUAUCUGCUUUUGGUCGUGUUAUGAGGGGCCACACUGCUUUGACUUCUGAAUGUGGUUCCAUGCUUGAAGAGGUCCUGGCAAUAACUGAAGAUCUACAUGAUGUUCAUAGUUUGGGGAAGGAAGCUGCUGCUGUACAUAGUUCUCUCAUGGAAGAUCUUUCUAAGGCAAAUACAAUCCUACUUCCUCUGGAAUCUGUAUUAUCUAAGGAUGUUGCUGCUAUGACUGAUUCUAUGGCAAGAGAAAGAGAGACUAAGAUGGAAAUAUCUCCAAUUCAUGGACAAGCAAUAUACCAGUCUUAUUACUUGAGAAUCAAGGAGGCUUAUCAGGCCUUUAAACCCUUGGUACCGUCGCUUUCAAUCUCUGUGAAGGGACUCCACUCCAUGUUGACCAGGCUGGCGCGAACUGCAAGUCUCCAUGCAGGAAAUCUUCAUAAAGCUCUUGAAGGGCUAGGAGAAAGCGAGGAAGUAAGGUCACAGGACAUUAAUUUGUCAAGGCCAGAAGUUGCAGGUCAUGAUAGUGACUACAAUAGUAAGGAGGGGGAGGUUUUCUCCAAAUCUGAUAGAGAAAGUGAUGAGGAUUCUCUUGGAGUGAGUAGACUGUCUUUACAAGACAAAGGGUGGACAUCUCCUCCAGAAAGUAUCUGCAGUAGCAGCUCAGAGAACAGUGAAACAUCAGCAGAAGAAAGUCUUGCAGCUAGCUUUAAUGACCUAGAAGUGGAAUUGUCUGGAACUGAUUAUCAAGAAACUUUGCAUCAUGUGCAGUCAGAAUCUAGGUACAAGGAGGCCAAUGAUGGUGGUACUGGUUCUGUAGAUGAAUGUCUGAGACUGGGGGAAUCACCAUACGAUGAAUCUGUAUCAAGCAUUGCUCAGACUUCAAAUUCUUUCAACCAGGAAAACCCACAGACGAAACUUGGGCUUAAGGACGAAUCUUCACUAAACCAAGACAAGAUUGAAGAUGAAGAUCAUGAAACUCCAUUUCCUACUAUUGAUGUUGGAAACCGAGUAACCAGGGGUAAAAAUGCUUAUGCAAUGUCGGUUCUAAAGAGAGUUGAGAUGAAACUAGAUGGUCAAGAUAUUGCUGACAACAGUAUUGCAGAGCAAGUGGAUUAUCUACUUAAGCAAGCAACCAGUGUGGAUAAUCUUUGCAACAUGUAUGAAGGUUGGACACCUUGGAUUUGAGAUUCGAAGCCUGUUCAUUAUGUAACCGGUGCUAUUCUCAGAUGAUAUAUAGAAAGAGAGAAUCUGAGGUGCAUCUGAGGUGUAUCAUUCUCCUCUUUCAACUGUCUGGCCAUUGCCCUAUUAUGCCAUAUUUCUAGGCUCCAGGAUCCUCGGUUGCUUCUAACGAAGGAUCAGGCACAGCCACAUUUAGCGAGAAAUAUGUCGUAGGAUGUCAUGAACCUCUUUAAAAGGUCUACCGUGGUAGAUUUUCAUCAAUGUUCUGAUUCUUCGUGCUCUCCUGUCCAAGGAUCAGUGGUUUAUCUGGUACUGAGCUACUCCAAACCAGCUUCAAAGCAUUAACUUGAACAACUGUCUUGUGAAGACAACAACUAUGGAUUCCUCAAGGCUUCUAGCUGGACUGGUCACAGCUCUUUUACUGAUUAACGUGCCUCAUGAUGGUGGUGUUAUUUUCUGUGUAUGCUGGGCCAAAGAAUUUGUUUUUCCCAAAUCCUUUCAUAUCCCACUGCUAGAAUGAAUUUCCUUUGCCAUGCCAAAGGCACCUUAUUCUUUCAUAUCCCAUGUUAUUGAUGGUGCAAGGAAUGCUCUACGCGCAGCCUAAUAUGCGUUUUUUUUAGGAUUAUGGUCAUUCAAACCUGCCCGGUUGACUAUAUUGACAAUUCUGAUCAGAACCAUUCUACUUUCUAUCGAGGAUGUUGAUCUCCAAGUCAAGGGACCAAUGCUAAAAUGUGAAUUGGGAUGCCAAAUAUAAUAUGAAUUACUUUUUGUAAUAAACUUCAUACUCCAGUAGGGCUGGUUUUGUAUAUGAAUUUCAUGGAUUGUUGUCUGACACCGUAUGCUUUUGUGUAUAUUGUCUUAGAUAUUAAAGAUCUCAGCACAUAUGAAGUGGGAAUUUUUAUUUA